AGCAGCCUCAGACGAAAAAAAACGGCUCCGCCGUAAGUGUCGCCCAUGGCCGCCGCCGCUGCGCGGCCGCGCUGGGCAGAUUUGGUCGACUCCUCGCAGGAAGACGCAGAUGUCGUGGGACCACUUCCGGGGUUGCUGCGAAGGGAUUCAUGGCAGGACUCGCAGUCGCAGACGAUGAAUAGUCAGAAUAGUCAGUCAUCGAUGUGCGAGCUGCUGCAAGCUACAGAUUUGGCAUCCCAACCAGACCUAGCAGAUGUCACAGAGGACCAGAGCGCUGCCUCCGCAGUCCCUGCCAGCGCUCCGGAACCUCGCCGGCCCCUGUCCUCGGUGCUGACUGCAGCAGCCACCAAGGAGAGGAAGCGUCACGGAGCAGCGCAGCCAUCACCCGUGGCCAAGAAACGCUACCGUGCGCGCAAAGCGUCGGCCCGGGACGACGACGAGACCUCCGCCAGCAAUGCCAAGCAAGGCCGAAGCGAAGAAAGCAUCCAGCAGAAGCGUGAGAAACGUCGUGAGGUGCUCGAACGUCGCAAGAGGAAGCCGGAUUAUCAAGCCUAUGCAGCUGUGCCCAAGAACCAACGGGCAGCAACCCCAGAUCCCGAGGAAGAUCUAUCGAAGCGACCCUGGGAGUGCAAACUCCAGCACUGGCGGAAGGCCAUUCGGACCUGGUACACAGACAAUGGCGGAGCUGAUGCGGAUGACAUCAGUGAGAGUGAGUAGAUUCAGUAGAUCUUCCGUCCCCCGAAGUCAAAAAAGAUCUCCGUCCCCGGAUUGGCCUAGAUCCACCAGAAACCUGCCUGGCU